AUGUCGUGCUACAAGAUAUGCCCACGGGAAGGGGAUGUAUGGGCAAUGCUCAAAGAUUGGAACGCGAAAUGGGGAGCGUCGGACUAUGAAAGGAUUCGAUGUAUGAUCGUUCGAGUCGAGUCAAAUGCUGAAGAAGGGAGUAAUGGGAUCACUGUGAGUAGGCUGAGGGAGGGUUCCUGGGAUCAAACGUUAUGGGAUACCAGAGGACUCCUGGCACUGGAACCAAAUGCCUUGCCUCUUACAAUUGGUAACUGA